AGCAGCAGUGGCUAAGCUGUUCGGAUUCCUACCGGUUUUUAAACAACAGUCCUGAGGAAGACCAGCAGAUAAUCGACGUGAUGACUUCUCCCAGACUCAUCCCCCUGUGGAAGGACUUUAAAUACCUUCUAAGUGACAUGAUACAGAAAAGCACGCAAAAUUUAGAUGACCUGAAGACUGAUGUAGUUGUGUUGAGUGACCGGUCCCAGAUCCUAUUCAAAGAGUCUCGCUAUCCUCAAAACAUGCCGCUUAUAUGCUACUACUUCAGUGACGCCCACUUCUUUUCUUCCCUCUCUUGGGUGACAACAAGCACAAAAGAAAUACAGGCUGUAGUAUGGAUGAAGAGCAAGACUGAAGACAUGGUGGAGAAGAGAAUGUUUUCCAUGACAGAUCGACUGCCACCCAUCCAGUCCAUGGUCCAUACAGGUUCCUUUCAUAUCCUCGUGGUCUACUGUGGUGACCUGCUCCUGCGGCUCUUCGGGGACCACCUUCGGUCAUUCAAAUCCCUGGGGGUGGUACCCUGUCGCUUUAACAUCACCUGCCUCUGCUAUGACCCAGAAAUGAAGAUGCUUCUGUCGGGCAUCCUGGGGGCAGUGGUCACCUGGACCAUUGAGCGCAGUGGCAGAGGUCUCCAAAUAGCCCACAUGGUCGCCCUUCCUGGUGACGAGUUGGUCCAUGACAUCGUGCUGAACGGCCCCAACGGCUCCCUGCUUGCCAUGUGCGAGAAUGUGGUGAGGGUCCUGGAGCGCCAGGGCCAUGGCCUCCUGGCAGAGGUGAAAAAGUUCUCUUCCACCAUCAGUGGCUCCUCGAUCACCUGCUGCUUCACCUGUUCUGAGCAGGGCUUUCUUUACGCCGGAAACAAGACUGGGGAGAUCCAAGUGUGGAACCUCAAUUGGGGCCACUGCCUCCACACUUUCAAGGCCCACUUCUCUUCGGUGAUCUGUAUCCGCAGCCAGCCAGAAGCCCACACCCUGCUCACAGCUGGCCGGGAAGGCAUAAUCAAGGAGUGGAACCUGACUUCAGGCAAUCUACUGCGGCGGCUCGAACUGGGCGAGGAGCUGUAUCGGCUCCAGUUUAUUGACAACACCACUUUCUUCUGCCAGACUACCCACUCUUUCUCCUUGCGCAACCUGCCCUUCUUCUAUAGCCUCUUCAAUGUCUGUGGCUCCACUCCCCAGCAGGUGCGCCGGGUCCGCUGUGGCAGUAACUGGUUCCGGAUCCUGUGCACCACCGAGGAUGGCCUGCUGCGCUUCGUGUCCCCGAUAACAGGGAAUCUCCUGGUCAUCACCUGGCCCUUCUCAAUCCUGGACCAGGCCACGGAUUGGGCCUACGACCCCAAUAAAGAGGAGCUCUUUGUAGCAACAGGUAGCCCAGACGUGCUGGUCUUUGACACCACCCGCUCCCCUUGCAUGGCCAAGUAUCUCUUAUGUGCCUCACCAGAUUCUCAGGACCUGGUACAGUGCCUGGCUUAUGGGCACUUCCACCUGGGCCGGGGUCUAGAAGGACUCAUGUUCUCUGGAUACCAGAGUGGUGUGAUUAGAGUGCUCUCCCAGCACAGCUGUGCCCGGAUUGAGACAUACAUGCACUUUGGGGCCGUCUUAGCCCUCUCUACACUGCCCGGAGGGCUCUCUGGUAGCCGAGAAAACUCUUUGCUCUGUUCCUAUGGAAUGGAUGACUACAUACACCUCUCAGAAGCUGUGCUUGAAGGGGUCAGAGUGAAACUGCGGACCCUUGCCAGCAUUUUCUGCAGCUGUCAGCUAACACACUUGAUACUCUUGCCCAAGUCAGUGGGUGCCAUCACCCAGACUAACUGCCUGCGUCUCUGGAAGUUCCAUGACUUUCUGUCUUCUGGCUCACAGGAUGGCUCAAUGUUCAUAGAGACCUUGCCUUUGCACCAAUGCACCAUCAUCUCUUUUGAUGUCUGCCUGUCCCUGAGUCUUUUUGUCACGGGUGGCAGUGAUGGCUCUGUCCGGAUCUGGAAUUUCCAUGGGAGACUCAUAGCCAUGCUGGACUCAUCACUGCACUUUGGCCCACUCUGCUUUGCAAAUGACCGGGGUGACCUGCUUGUAACUUUCAACCAGAGUCUUUAUCUGGUGUCCUGUUUAAAGCUGCUUCCCGCAUCCCUGCUGGUUCGCCUCUCCCUUAUGGGUCUGACAGAUGAAGUGCUCGAAGUCCCUAAGCCUUUCAUACCAAGCUUCUUCUUCUCCUUCGAGACCAUGUUUGUGCCCAAGUAUAUCUACCCUGGACAUGGGCAGCAGCAACUGGUGGGUCUGGAGAGUCUCGUCAAUCAUCGGGCCAUUGCCUUUGAUCAUAAUGUGCCACAUGUCAUUGAAGAAGACGAGCAAGGGAGCCCUGUGCUACUCUCUUCCUUCAAACAUGAUUUCGGGUAUAAGGAAGCUGAUGCGUCACAGGUGAAAAAGCCACCUUAUUUCCAUUAUGUGCUUCCUCCCCAGCUACAGCUGACUACCUGGGAUGAACUCAACCCCUAUCAGAUACUGCAAUGCUACUUUGGCCACGGGCGGGAAUGGCUCUUGGCUCCAGAUUGCUACAUCCCUAACUCAGUGAUCCGGGCCCGUCUCUGGCCAGAGGGCAGCCCGAUAUCCCUGCAGUGCAGCCUGCACUCACCUGUGCGGGAGCUGGAAUGGGACAAGUCUCAACAAUUCUUCUUCUGGCACAGCCGGGCAAGAGCUAUAAGCGAUGUGGGAUCAUACAUACAUGAAAGGGAAGAUGAAGACUUCCUCCUCACAAGAGCAUCCAAGGAUAUCACUUACACUGUUCUUACAGACUCAGCAAACCGCAGUUGGCUGGGAAAAAAGAUGAGUGAAAUUGCUAUCAAUAGCCUGAUUGAGACAAUUCUCAAUAUUAUAAUCCAUGCCACUCCACUGAAGUACCAGUGCUGUAUUGGUGCUCUCGGGCAGAUCUUUGCCUCUUACCAGGUGUCUCCACCCCUGCGCUCUGAAACAGCCCACCGUCUGUUGGAUGAUACAACCAAUUCCAACCCACUGAUUCGAGAGCUGGCCUGGGAAGGGCUGAAGCGUCUAGGAAUGAUUACUCAUCUCUUUGCCGUGCCUCUGGCCCAGGGACUAAUGGACAAAGAUGACAGAGUGAGGAAUAAGACCCUGAGCCUUAUGGCUGAUACUGGAAUCCAUUCUAAGACCUCACUCUUGAACUUGGUCCAGAAUCGAGAGACUUUCCGGGAGAUGCAGCAGGAAAUGGUUGGGGAGGAAACCUUGGACCGUCUGCUGGGACUGCGAGCCCCAGAUCUCCAAAUCCUUCAUACUCAAGUGGUGCAGCGAUUGAAUGAAAACCUGACCUUAUACCAGGGUGAUGAAAAGCCUACUUUUACUUUAGAUGUCUCAGGGGCUUCUGAACUUACUGCCCUUUCCGAGGAAACUGAUACUGUCCCUGAAGAACCUGAAGCUGCCUUCAAGCACAGCAAAGGCCCAAGACGGGGCCGACCAGUAGUCAGAAAGCACACCCGAAAAUUUUUGCGGAGCCUCAAGAAGCCCAAAGAAACUGGCACAGAGCCAGGUCCCUUAGAGGAUGAAGGUGAUCAGAGUGAAGCUGCACCCACUGAGGUGGAGGAGACUAGGUCUUCAGCCUCCAGUAUAUUAAAGGUUGCAAAAGAUGAUGAACAACAAUCUUCAGAGGUAGAUGCCUCAAAGGAUCACGUGGCCUUGACCAUGAAGAUGUUGAGGAAGACACGUGACAAAAGAGGCCGUAAAUCAGUAUCUCAGAAAACCAUGAAGAGGCGCAAAAGGAAAGUAACAGACGCUAAAGUUACAUAUGAGGGAUUACCACAUACUGGAAAGACAGACUCAAUUACGAAGCCACUGCAAGGCACAGGGCGGGGUGCCUCUGGAGCUCCUGGCCUCAGGUCUAGAGAUGGCUUGAUGUGGCGGGACGACCUGUGUCGUCUUAUGACCCUGAGGAUAUCUGGUUCCCAGACAAAAAUGUUAGAAGCUCUCAACAAUGAGCUAGUGACCACGGCUCAGGAGAUGCUGGCUGAUCGACGGCCCAGCUGGGAGCUUUUUCAGGAGAUCUGCCCCCUGCUGAAGAAAGACAGUGAGGAACUGCUUGAGGACCUUGACUGGGAUAUAGCCUGGCCAGAGGAGAAACCAGUUUUUAUUCACGGAUCAGCAAUUAGAGAGGACAUGGUAAUCAGAGGCAUGGAAGAGGAGACAAGAGAGACGCAAGAGCAAAAGACAGAAAAGGACACGCAGGACCUGUGGGAAACCCAUGUAAGUCCAAAAAAAGGCAAGAAGAAGAAAGUUCUUUUUGCACAACCAGAACUAAGCAAGGGAAAACGAAUAUCAAAGAAAGAAGAGAAAAAAUCCUCUAAACCUUCUAAACAGAGGAAAGCAGUCCAGCAGGAGAUAAAAGUGGAUAAAAAAGAGAAGCUAGCCAAAGAAGAGAGGGGCAUGAGUCAGGAAGUGGAGGAGGUGGCCAAAUUAAAGGAGAAAGUGGUUGAGCAAGAAAGAAGGCCACUUAAGGAUGAGAUAAAACUGUCUUGGCAGGAGUGGAAGAAGUCAUGGGAUCAAUGGAAAAAUGCUUUCAGUGAGACAAGGAUAUCAUGGGAUGAAUGGAAGAACACAUGGGAAAGCCAGCGUCAUCAGGAAGAGGAGCAACUACCUGAGGAGGAAGAGCCGCUGCUCCCGGAUGCAGAAGAGGAACAAGUCAGAAGGGACAAGACGAAGCGGACAUGGGAUGAAUGGUCACAGAUCUGGGAAAAGAUGUCAGCCAGGGCCAGGGAGAAGAUGUUGGUGACUCAGGAGGAAGUGACCCUGGAGGAAGAACCACCUCAGGAGUGGGAAGAAGAAGCAGAAGCAACAGCAGAAGAAGAAGAAGAAGGAGAAGCACCAAUGACGGAAGAGCAGAGGCAGAUCCACCAAGAAUACAAACAGGCCCAGGCUGAGCGAAAACGGGCCAAGGCUGAAAGAAGACGGGCCCAAGAAGAGAGGAAGCUAGCUCAGGAAGAGGAGAAGCUAGCACAUGAAGAGAGGAGACUAGCUCAGGAAGAGAGGAAAAUGGCCCAAGAGUAUGAGAAACUGGCCGAGAAAGACAGGAAAAUGGUCCAGAUGGAGAGGAAGCUUAUCCAGAAUGAGGAAAAACUAGCCCAAAUAGAGGAGAUGCUGAGCCAGGAUGCAGAGAAAUUGGCCCAGCAAAGGAAGAGACUAGCCAAGAAAUUGGAGAAACUGGCCCGAGAAGAAGAGAACAUAGCAAAGAAAGGAGGGAAGCUAGCUGAAGUCAAAAAGAUAAUGAUGCAGAAAUUGGAUAAACUGGCCCAGAAGGAGCUAGAUCUAGCAUGGCAAGAAAAGGAACUAGCCCAGGAAUUGGAGGAUCUGACCUGGGAAGAGGAGGAACUGGCUGUGAAAGAAGAGGAACUGAAUCAGGAAGAGGAGGAACUAAUCAAUGAACGGGACAGGCUGGAUCAGGAAGAGAUGACACUGCCAUCGCAAGAAGAGAAACUGGAUGCGGAAGAGAAAAAACUGGCCCAAGAGGAAGAGCUACUGAUCCAGGAAGAGAAGAAACUGGCCCAGAACAUGGAAACACUGACAGUGAAGGAGGCAAAACUUGCCCAGAAAAGGGAGAAAUUGAUAAAGAAUAAGCAGAAACUGGCCCAGGAGAAGACUAAGCUUGUCCAAAACAUGGAGGAACUUCCCCAAAGCAAGGAAAUACUGGCCUGGAGGCUAAAAAACCUGACCCAGGAGAAGGAGAAACUGGCUCAGGAGAAGGUGAAAUUGGCUCAGAGGAGGGAAAACUUAAUCCGGCUCCAAGAAAUCCUCAUCCAGAACAGAAAGAAAUCAGUCCCUGAGAAGGAGGAGUAUGACAUGUAUAAGAAUAGGCUGGUUCAGAUAGAGAAGAAGCUGAUGGAGGAAAAAGAGAAACUCUUCCAGAAGAAGGAGAAACUGGCUACCGUUGAGGAGAAACUGACCCAAUUAGAGGGAAGCCUGGCUGAGAAACAGCACAAAGUAGCCCAUGACAAAAUGAAAUUAGCCAUGGGGAAGAGGGCAAUGUUCCAAGAACUGAACCAGCUCAGAGGUGACUGGUCUACUACCAGGGAAGAAAAGGCACUGGACAUGGAAAUGAAAAUACUGACCUGGGAGAAAGAGACACUGGCUGAGCAAAAGGAAAUUCUCUUUAAGGAAGAAACUCAAGAAACUUCCAAAGAGAAAAGACCAACUAAGGAUGAACUAGAGCUAAUCAAGAGGAAAUUGUCACUAGAGGAAAAGAUAUUGCUCUAUGAAGAAAGGAUCCUGGCCACAGAGCAAACAGACAUGGCCAAAGAAAAACUGGAAUUUACCAGAGGAGAGAGAGUAUAUGCCCAGGAACAAAGGAAGCUAGCCAGGUUACUAAGAAAAUUAGCUAAAGAAAGCAAGGGCAUUUCCAAGGAACCAUUAAAAGUGAGCAGCAAAGCCUUAAAGACACUUCAAGACCUUAUUAAAGAAGAAAGGAAACUAACCCAGGAAGAAAUAGAGAUGACAAAGUUAAAGAGGUUAUUUGUCCUUAAGGAAAGGGAAUUGAACAAGGUACAGAAUGAACUUGAUGCCAAGGACUGGGAUUUUUCCAAGGAACAACCAGAAAUUACCAUAGAUGAGAAGAAACUGGCUAAGAGGCAGAGAAGACUAGCCAAGGAAAUUAGAAGAUUGAUAAAGAGGGAGAAAAAUAUUACUGAACAAGAAAGCAUAUUGGCCAGGCAACAGAGAGAUGUCAUACAGGAAAUAGAGGAAGAAGAAACAACAGAGGAAGAAGAGGCAAAGUCAUUCCUUAAACAAAAGUCAAGAAAAAGAGAAAAGCUAAAGACAGCUGAUACACAACAGGAAGAGUUACUCAGCCAAGAGGACGAGGUGAAAAGUGUGAAAAGUGAGGAGAGCUCUUCUGAAGAAAUGGAACGCCUGUUAGAUGAAAUAGAGCAAGAGAGUUUGUCUGAGGAGGAGGAGGAAGAAGAGGAGGAAGAAGAGGAAGAGGAGGAGGAAGAGGAGGAAAUGGAAGAGGAGGAGGUGAAGGAAGAGGGAAUGGUAGAGGAGGAGUUGGUGAAGGAGGAAGAGGAAGGGAAGGAGAGGAAGAAGAAGAAAAGGAAAAAGAAAAAAAAAGUGCAGGAAAAGGAAGAGAAGGAAGAGGGGAAAGAGGAAGUAGCUGAGGAGGAAAGCACAAGUGAUGAAGAGAUGGAACAUCUGAGUGAGAAAGAGGAAGGAGAGCACAGAAUCUUGUUAGAAAAAGAGGUAGACAAGAAAAAAACAAUUUUUAAAAGAGAAAAAACAUAUAAGUUACCAGAAGGAGGAAAAAAGCACUUAAGAGGAAGAGAAGAAGUCCUUUCUAUUGAAAAAAGAAUCCCUGACAUCCAAAGCAGUGCUGUAAAACUGGAAGUUCUGAAAAGCCCUUCCAAGCAACUGAUCUCAGUCGUUCUGGAGAGCAAAGAGAAGCUAUCAGAGCCAGUGCUAACUAAACAAAUAUCCUGGGAAGAUAAGGCCGUAGCAUUUGGGAAGCCUGGAGUAUUCCCAGGGGCAGGGUUUAUAGAUAAACAAGAACUGUUGAAGAAAUAUAAGCCCAUACCUCUACAAGUUUUGGAUAUAGUUUUGGAGGCCCAGGAGCCUGACUUAGAGACCCCAUAUUUAUCCCACAUGCUGAGGAAGACCAUGGAAGCUCAGAAACUCCAAGGCAAACCACUGGGGGCCAAGUGGCAGUGGAUCCUGCAGCGUCAUCCAUCUCUGAAGAAACAGAGUGAGGUACAAUUACCUUUGUCCAAAAUCCUGGCUGAGGAAAUCUACACAGACAUCAGUGUCUCGGAUGUAGAGUGGAUCCGCCACGUCCUAGAAAAGAUGGAGGCAGGAGAACAGCUUUCCAGGGAUAGUUUCCACCGAUUGUGCCAGCUUCUCAAAGACCUCACCGCAAAGGAGAACUUAGAGUGGAUACACCUGGCCAAGCUCGAAGCCAUCGUGUACCAUCACAAGCAGAUCAUGGAAUCCCGAGGCACACAUGUCUCCAAGCCCAGUAAGGAGCCCCUGGGUCCAAAGUACCUCAAAGUGAUCCCUCCCAUCAAAGGAAAGGAAAAGGAGAGCUGGCUCAAACAUCUGGCUCAAACAUCCACACCAAAGUCUCUGUUAGCUACCAAAGGGAUCCCAGACCCGAAGGCUAUCAACUGGCAUCUUCUGGGAGAGCCUUACCGGAGUGCGCGGGCAAAGCAGAUAGCCACUGCUCUCAGGGGGAUGGAGAUGCGAUACUAUGAUUCUGCCACAAGAGACAUUUUCACAGGUGCCCUGGACUGUGUUGAAAAACAAACCCUGGCGCUGAUGUUUCAGAAAGACUUCUGGGCUUUUAAGGAUAAGGGCAGGUUUUCCAGGUUGCCCAAGUUGGAGAAGAAGGCACGACCCGUCUCUAAAGUAAAGGAGGAGGUGCCUCUGUGGGAGACGUUUGUGGCACUGUACCAUGUUCUGCGGAUGUUGCAGGAGCGAUAUGCAAGAGACAGUGCUGCAUGGAUGGAACAAUUCAACCGUCUUAUGGACCUAUACCAGCUUAAGUCUCCCCGAAUCCAGAAGCUGAUGCAGGACUUGCUACUGAGAGAAGAGCCCCAAUUCCAAGAGGUCACUUACAAAGAGGCCCUAAGGGCCGUGGAGCUAGCCCCUGGGGAGCGGUUGUUCUACCACCUGCUCUGUGGUGGCUCUCAAGCCCCUAAAGAGCCUCUGGCAUUCCAGGAGGUGGUUCCCCUCCCUGGGCAGAACAAUGUGCGUACCAUGCUCCCCAUGGGCAUUGCCCAGUAUGGGAUCUUAGAGCUUGCCUGGAAGAGCCUGCCGGAAGCUGAUUUACACCUCACCAAUGAACUGCCCUAUGUAGCUGCUCCUACUCUCUGAUUUGGGACUGGAGAGGCGGGGCUUUUCAUUCCUACCUGGAGAAAGGCCUUGUCACC